UCCCUCAAGGCAGAGGCGGCGGGCGCGCGCGGCGGCGGCGGCGGGUGCGAGGCGCGGGCUGUUGUGCUGCCGGCUCUCGCUUUUCCCCUCCUCGGCGGGUGGAGGAGGCUGAAGCGGUGCUGGGCGCGCUCCCCUUCCUCUCCCUCCGGCCACCUCCCCCCGCAAGCCCUCUCGCGCUGCGCGGUCUCUCCGACGCAAGACUGUCCCGGCCCGGAUAUGGCUCGUGGACAGCAGAAGAUUCAGUCUCAGCAGAAAAAUGCCAAAAAGCAAGCUGGACAAAAGAAGAAACAAGGACAUGAUCAGAAGGCUGCUGCCAAAGCUGCCUUAAUAUAUACCUGCACUGUCUGUAGGACACAAAUGCCAGACCCUAAGACCUUCAAGCAGCACUUUGAGAGCAAGCAUCCUAAGACUCCACUUCCUCCAGAAUUAGCUGAUGUUCAGGCAUAAAGUUGUUUACAGGUGAAUACGUGACACCUUUGAUUCUUCUACUGUCUCAGACCUUAGGUAACAAACCUGCAGCUGCUUUUCUAACAAACUGUUGAUCAGCAAAAAUAAAGGGGCUACAGAAACACUCAUUUUUAUGCUGUUCCCUUUUGGGCUUCAUGCAAAGACAAUUCUGUGUAAAUGUACAGUUGACUCUGAUUUGGAAAUCUGAAAAUCAGUCCAUCCUUGUUAUAAAAAAUUUUUUUACAAUUGUAAUUAUAUUGAUGUUCAUAUUGUGUAAAAUAACUCAUUUAAUAAAGUAGUACUUUGAUUUUACAACA